UUCUUUCUCCGUCCGGGCUUCCAUACUUCGCCUCGUUCUCGCUCUCAGUCGGUCCUGCAGCGAAGAUGGCGGAAGCUCCCCCGCGGCCCUGCCGGUUCUUCUGUCACCGGUGUUCGGAAGAGAUCAGCCCUCGGCUCCCGGAUUACAUUUGUCCGCGGUGUGAGUCCGGCUUCAUCGAGGAGUUACCUGAAGAGGGAAGUGCAGAGAAUGGGUCCACAUCCACAGCGUCUAAUGAUCAGAAUCGGCCCUCGUUUGAGAACGUGGACCAGCACUUGUUUACGUUCCCGCAUGGAUACGGGCAGUUUGCUCUGGGGAUCUUCGAUGAGGGUUUCGACUUCAGGGCAGGUUUGCCAGCGGAAGAUAACCGUGACGCAGAGAACCGCAGAGAACGGGAGAUGGCCUCGCGACAGCGCUACGGGGCGAGACAGCCACGGGGGCGACACGCUCCCCGAAGACAAGGAGCGCGGCAUGAGGGUGUACCUACUUUAGAAGGAAUCAUUCAGCAGUUAGUUAAUGGAAUUAUUGCUCCGACAGCUAUGCCGAAUAUGGCAAUGGGGCCAUGGGGAAUGCUGCAUUCAAACCCAAUGGACUAUGCAUGGGGUGCCAAUGGAUUAGAUGCCAUCAUAACACAGUUAUUAAAUCAAUUUGAAAAUACGGGUCCCCCUCCGGCAGAUAAAGAGAAGAUUAAGAAUCUCCCUACGGUCCAGAUAACACAGGAGCACGUGGGUGCUGGUCUAGAAUGUCCUGUCUGUAAAGAAGACUACAGCGCAGGAGAGAACGUUAGACAACUUCCUUGCAAUCAUCUCUUUCAUAACGACUGUAUAGUUCCCUGGCUCGAGCAGCAUGACACGUGUCCGGUGUGCAGGAAGAGUUUGAGCGGGCAGAACACAGCCACGGAUCCGCCCGGCCUAUCAGGGAUGAAUUUCACCCCCUCUUCCUCCUCCUCUUCCUCCUCCAGCUCUCCGAGCAACGAGAACGCCACCAAUAACUCGUAAGAGCUCAGCCCACAUCCCGAACACAUCGACACAUCAUCAUCAUCAUCAUCUCAGCCCCGCCGCAGUGGCACGUCCUUCCACUCCCACCGGUGACUGAUCUACGACACGGUGGAACCAGGGCUGAACGCAAACCUCUGAACCUGCCCAUCACUACUAACACACACUUACCAGCCCUCAACCGGGUCCAGAAAGGUCAGAGAGCACGCCAACCCCCCCCCCCACAACAGAAAAAUACACUCUUCUAUUGCUUCAGACAGCGUUUCAUUGCUUUUUUUUUUUUAAACCAUUGAACUUCGGAGCGAUCAUUCCUCAAGGUUCGGGCGCACGCAGCGGGCAGACGGCAGCACCUGUCCGCGUGACGUGGUUUUAAUCAGCAGAAAGCGUGAGAAAAAUGCUGAGGAAAAGAGAGAGAUGAAGGAAAAGAGGACGAGGAUGUUACCGUGCCAGAUUUGAAGACACACCGAGCUGAACUGCAUUUUAGAAGCAGACUUUGUGUCUCUCGAAAGGGAUGCGUUCAAAUAGAACCUUUUUUUUAUCAUUUUUUUUUUUUUUUUUUUACGGAUAAAAGUGGCUGAUAUGUGAACGUGCGUAUGGGGGAAUCUCACAAAAACGGUCACGUUUUACCCCAAAAUCAGAAGAAAAAAACUCUGUUAUGCUAAAACCUAUUUUAGAACCGCCAAUAACUUUUUGUUACUUUUUGAAAAUUAUUUUCGUAACAAUAAAUGCAACAUAAUGCAAAAACUCAUUACUGUGAUAUGAAAAAAAUGAUUGAAAUUGUUUAUAGAUUAUAUUGUUAGUUGUACUUCCUUUAAUUUAUAAUAAUAAAUGACUUUAUUACAGUAUUUCAUAUUGUAAUAUUACAUUACAGUAAUGAGAAUGCGUUAUGGUAAAUACAUGCUUAAUAAUAAAUGCAUUUUAGGCAUAAUACUUUUUUUUAUUUCUUUUGAUUUUGGGGUUAAGUAAAACCUGGAGAUGUUUUUGUGAUUCACCCAUAUAUAUUAAACAUAUUUAUUGAAAACACACAAAAAAAA